AUGGCGUUCCGUAGACGAAGUACAUCUGGGUCUAAGCCACAGCUUAAGGAAAAAGUUGUACAAAUUUAUGAGUCAUUUUUCAAGGGUGAAGAUGUAUCAAAAGACAAUGAUAAUUUUUGGGAUGAAUUUUUCCUACUGAAACCUAAAAUAUCAUAUAUUGAGACAGAAAUAGAAAAAUUAAGUAUUGAACAAUUGAUUACACUUCAAGAUAAUAUAAGACUUUUAUUUAUCAAAUGUAUCACAACAUUUGAAUGCCAACAUCAAUUGCGUAUAAUAUUCUCAUUAAAGACAUUGACAUGUUUAGUGAGCAGUUUAUACAAAAAAUUUAGAAUCAACCCAACAUUUGAAUUUAUUUCUAUAUUGGUGAUACCAAAGGACACUGAUAUGGUUUUUGAGAAUUUAUUGGCAAAAUGCAAUAUUAUGUUACGUGAACCCGAAUGUGUUGUUGUUAAAGACUUAUGUCUACAAUUUUUACUGACAGUUGUUACUGGCACCGACAACCUCAAUGAAAACCCGUCUCUACGCCAUUUGAUGACAAACAGUGUUUUUGAACCUUUGACAGAAGUUCUUUCAAAUAAUAUAUAUCAGACAUAUCAUGGCUAUGAUUCUAUUCUGCUCUUGACAUUACUUAUGAAUGUUGAGACUGCUAAGAAGACAAAUCCAUAUGUUGUCAAAUUAUCGCUGUUAGACAAAGAAGAUACUUUAAAUGGUUAUAGCCAGAUUAUAAGAUGGUCAUUGGAAGAAAUUUGUCAACAAUAUAGAUCAGAAGAAAUAGCUCAAUACUCAAACAACACAUGGUUUAAUACAUUUACAUCGGUUGUAAGCAAUAUGUUAUUUGUACCAGAAACUAUUGAGGAACACAAUAUUGAAUUACCUCAAGAAAUAAGGUCAAUGAGUGGAAUAUUAAUUGCAUUGUAUGAAGCUGUACAUUACAACCGAAACUUCAUGACUACAUUAACGCAUUGUCAUACAUCCAAUAACUAUGAGUCACACCCCAGUGUUAUGCAACAGGCGCAAGCAGUUACAAAUAAUCCUGAUCUCAAAUCACCAUCAGAUAAUCAAUUCUCCAAUCUUCUAGUCACAUUUUUUCAAUAUUGUUCAAUUGUAAUGCAGGACACAAAGACUGAAGCAAAUGCAAAUAACUCAAUGCUAUGUUUUGUAAUAUUGUCUAGUAUUACUGAUGACCAAUUUGCCAAUUCACUAAUGCAUGAUGUAAAUUUACAAUUUAAAGUCGAUCUUUAUAGAUCACCUACCAGACGAUAUAUGUUUGUUCCAGACAAGUCACCAAAACCUCUGGCUGCUGCUUUAUUAGAUUUGAUGAUUGAGUUUAUGUUGGGGCACAUGAUGAAAAAAUUGCCACUUGACCAAUACAUGAAAUGUAUAAGCAUAAUUCAUCGCAUAAUAUGUUACCAAAAACGGAAUAGUGUGCGUUUAUGUUACAAUUGGAAAGAUUUAUGGAGUUCCUUAAUCACACUUUUGAAAUUUUUAAUGACUUAUGAACAUCAACUUUCACAAGAUAUGAAUAUUUAUGAUUUAGGAAUACAAAUUGUAAAUAUAUUUAACUUGUUCAUUACCUAUGGCGAUAUGCUACUUCCAUCACCAAGCAGUUACGAUGAGUUGUACUAUGAAAUUAUUAGGAUGCAUACAGUGUUUGACAAUAUAUAUGUCUUAUCAUCAAGAAAUUCUUCUUCUGUUAGUGAACACAAGUUAUCUGCCACAAAAUUGUCCAAUUGUUUAAUCAAUAUCAGAGCCAUAAUCAAUCAUUAUAUACCAAAAAUCGAUAAUUGGUUAGAGAAGAACUCGGUGACUACACCUGUUGGUGAAGAAAUUUUAGAAGUUGUAAGAAAUAAUUAUGACACACUCACACUGAAAUUACUACUGGAUUGUUUGGGAAGUUUUGAGUCAAACAAGUCCAAUCAUGAUUUGUCAAGUUCAUCACUUAUCAAAUUAAUGGUGAGCAAAGUAGUUAAGGAUACACGGCAAUCAUUAAAACAUUCCAACACCGAUCUUCAACAAAUUCUUCAGAAUUUUUCACUUUACACUAAUCCAUCAUGA